UCAGUGAACGUCAGUCCCGGUCGGUACAAAGUGCAUUGCUGUCGUUUCGGAGGAAGACGUCCCUGCCACAAGCACAGCAAGUGGCCACUGAAUAAACUUCCUUCUCCACACUGGAAGGAGUUUAGGCAACGCCGAACUGUGCAGUAACGUCACUGGGCUUGACCGUGGUCUCCUGACCCGAACAGAGCUAGUGCCACCUGGGCGUGUUAGGCACGCGGUGCAGUCGCCCAAAGCCUGACAAUCUGCUGCCUUUUCACCUCGCGCUCGAUCACUCGUUACUGGAAGUCGCGCAUCUCAUGGAGGACCAAAGCAGCUCAGCCUCUUCACAUACUGCAGCAGCCAUUCUGUUAGAAAACUCUUGGAUUGGGAAAAAAUGAGGCUUAAAAUUUUUCAUGCUUUCCUAAGCAGAUUGCUCUUUUUUAGCCAUGGAUUGGUAGCUGUUUGGCAUGUUGUCACAAGAAUGCAAAAUCCCAUGUACUGGGGAUUGAUGACCGGAGUUAUUACUUUGGGAAUUGAAGGGUUCAUAACUGUAAGGCGCACAGAGAAGGGAGAGUGGAAAUGGUUUUCUCCAAUGAUCUUCUUAUACUUAUGCACCAUUAUAUCAUGCAUAUGGAUUUUGGAACUUGGCCUAGUAACAGAAGAACCGCAUAUCUGCAACAGUUCUAAAGGUCAUGCAGAACAUCAUGGUCUGUUUCCAUUGCAGAAACUUAAAAGCUUGAAUGAGGAGGCCUGGGUGGCAGGCAUUGAACAGUCAAUGAUGCUGGUGCUUGUUAUUGGUCGCUGGCUGAUGCCUUCAGCUGGGAUGACCAGUGAGCAGCUGUAUCAGCUGCUCCUGAUGGACAGUGGCCUGGGAGCUGACAUCCUGGACCUGAUUGAUGCUUUUAAGGAGUCGGGAGUUGAGAUAAGCCGAAAUGUACGCAUCAUUGGCCUGACUGUUUUCAGUUGGUCCCUGAUGCAGUUUCCUUUGGCCCUUACCCAAGCCAAUGAUCCUCAAGACAGUGAUUCAGAUGAAGAUGCUUCUGCAUAUGUGACUGAUAAACAGAGUGUGGUAAGCAGAGCCAGAAAAUUCUUCAAAUCGUGCAUGUCUGGUGAGAUGUGGAGCUUGUUCAUCAUCAUAGGGAUGCAAGAUGGACCCUCUCUAGUUUUCCGAAUGUACCUAUUAAUUCAGGAGAAGGUCAGGAGUCAGAUGAUGAUCUUCUUUAUUGGAAAACACUUCAUCUCAAUUGUAUUUGAGGUUUAUAGAAUUGUUGCUGUCAUUCGCGUGAUAAAUGAACAAGAGGCCUCACCGCUGACAAGUAAGAAUUCUGAAUGUUAUUAUUAUUUAUUUUUUUGUAAAAAUGCAUUCCAUUUUCCUUUGGUAAAAUCUUUUUCUUUUCUUUCUAAAUAUUUGUUACUCUUUAUAGUUGAUGAUGGACAGAUGAAAUUGCAAUGCAUCAAUAAAACCCUUUGCCAAGCACAGCUAAGCCGUCUGAUGUUCUUCAUUCAUGGAGUGGUGAUGGUGUGGCGUGUGGUCUGGGUAAAAGGAGACAAAGUAUAUUGGGCACUAGCAAUUGGAGUGUGUCUUCUCAUCAUAGAAAGUUUCAUCACUCUCCGAUACACAAGCAGAGGGGAAUGGAAAUGGUUUUCCCCGAGUGUCUUUUUGUACCUCUGUUCUGUCCUUCCCUGUGUUUGGAUUCUGGAGCUGAAUACGGUGGAAUUUGUACCAAGUGACUCUUUAGGGUCAGCGCACAGAAGAGAGCGUCACGGACUGUCUAUACCAAAGGAAUUUGACACAACAAUUUGGACAACUGGACUGGAACAAUCAAUGUUAUUCAUACUAGUGCUUGGCCGCUGGCUAAUGCCUGCAGGAGAGCUGUCUGAGGACCAACUUUCACAGCUGCUAAUGAUGUACAUUGGAAUGGGAGCAGACAUCUUGGAGCUAUUUGAACCAUUCAAGGAACCAGAUAUCAAGAUCAAGUACAGAGUGCUCAUUUUUGGACUUUCUGUUUUCUCGUGGGCCUUUCUUCAGUUCCCAAUUGUCCUUACACAGACAACAUCUGUGGCCACAAACCAGUAUGAUGUUCUUGCCACUGAGGAAGGGAGGGAACCAGGAAAAACAAGAAAGGGAUUCCUUCAGACCUGUUUCUCCAGUGAAAUGUGGAGCAAUAUUGUCACAGUGGGAAUGCUGGAUGGGCCAUUUUUCAUCUAUCGAGUGUAUGCCUUGGCAUGGGGAAAGAUGGAGAAUCAAAUGACAAUCUUCUUUGCCUGUAAAAAUUUUCUUUCUGUGGUCUUUGUCAUUUAUAUGGUAUCUAAGAACUGUUGUAAGACAGGUGACACAGACACUUAA